GCUAUUAAAUUUUUCAUGGGCUGGGUAAAGCCCAGAGACUUCCGUCCGUCAAAUUUAUUAGAAUUGCUUGGAAACUUGUUUUCAUUUCGUUUCAGUCUUAGGCAAAGAAUGGCAGCGAAAUUAAUUUUACUCGUGUCCUGUGCAUUAGUUGCUCAAGUGCAUAGUCAAGUAACACUCGAUGAACUAAUUAAAGGAAUUUUUACUACAAAAAAAACAACAGAUGUCGACCCACCACCUACAGUAACUAUUCGCACAGCACCUAUGCCAAAUCCUGAUCCAACGCCAGCUCCAACUCCAGCUCCAACUUCAAAUCCGGAUGGCAAUCGAACGGGUCAGUUUGGUAAAUACAAAUCAUGCGGUUUAAAUAAGGAAUGCGUACCUAGGCAUUUGUGCGUAGAUGGGACAAUUAGUACUACAGGCGAAAAUUUCAUUGAUAUACGCAUUGAUGGUGACGUUUGCAUCUACAAUGAGGCCUGUUGCGAUUUACCAAAUAAGAGAACAAAGUCAGUUAUUCCUGCUCUACCGCCCGAACCCCAUGAUGGUUGCGGUUGGCGAAAUCAAAACGGUGUAGGCUUUAAAAUCUCAAUUAAACAAGACGAGGCUGAAUUCGGUGAAUUUCCAUGGAUGCUAGCCAUUUUACGUGUCGAAGAGAAUGGCGAUAACGAUGUGAUAUUUUUGUAUGAAUGCGGUGGGUCUCUAAUUGCUCCUAACGUCGCUUUAACAGCCGCUCAUUGUGUUAUCAAUCGUGAAGCCCGACAAUUAAUUGUACGAGCUGGCGAAUGGGACACACAGAAUACGAAUGAAAUAUUACCACACGUCGAUAAACAGGUUAAAGAGAAAAUUGUACACGAAAAAUAUAGUCGUGGUACGCUUUACAAUGAUGUAGCAUUGCUGAUAUUGGAAGAACCUUACCGUUGGGAAGAAAAUAUUCGUCCGGUUUGCUUGCCAGAGCCGAACACUAACUUCGAUGGUUUGAGAUGUUUUGCUACCGGCUGGGGUAAAGACACAUUUGGUAGGGAAGGAAAAUAUCAAGUAAUUCUGAAAAAAAUUGAAUUGCCGGUAGUUCCUCACUCCACCUGUGAGAAUCAAUUAAGACAGACUCGCCUUGGUCUCUAUUUUAACUUGCACAAAACUUUUUUGUGUGCUGGCGGUGAGCUUGGCAAAGACACUUGCAAAGGUGAUGGAGGUUCUCCACUGGUUUGUCCAAUACCUGGUUUUAAAGAUCGUUAUUAUCAGGCGGGUAUCGUAGCUUGGGGCAUCGGUUGCAAUGAUCCGAACGUGCCUGGCGUUUACGAUAGCGUUCCCUAUGCUCGUCAAUGGAUUUCGGAGAAGCUUGCAGCAAGGGAUGUGAAUUUCUCCGAUUUUACACCGUAAACCAAGUGGACGUUCUUAUGUAAAUACUACAAAAAAAAUUUACAUUUAAAAGAAUUAACUUUGCAGUAUUUAUUCUGCAGAAUGACAUUGUACGCAAUGCUUUAAUGUUUUGUCGAUCGUUUUACUAUUGCUGAGAAAGUUCUAUACAUUUUUUUUUUUCGAACGGUUUUGUUUAAUUCUUAUUGUUAAAGUCGAUUAAAACCCAAACAUUAGUACGUUUUGUCGGCCUGAAAAAGUAGGUAAACAUUUGAAAAAAGAUUU